GAGCAUUCAUCACGCAAGUUGUCAGAUGAGGUUGCGACUUCGAGUGAUACGAAUGCAAAACGAAACGAUACGAAAGAUGGUGAUCCGCCGAAGAAGAUUGUGUGCAAAACACUUCCUGCGGCUAUUCAAAAACUGGAAAAUUUAUUGGUUGCGGAGUUUUUGAUCAUGAAACAUUUACGAAUUAAAUAUGUACGGAAAGGAUUGCUAUCGCAAAAGUGCAGAUCAUCGGCGCAAAUACUUUCAUCCACUCUAAUAGCAAACCUCAUGUUGCAGACGCCUCACGGUGCUCUUGCAAAUACUGCAGAAUACCACAGUCAAGUAUCGCAUAAUGAAAGUCCAUAA